AUGGCGCUGAUGCUCAUUUCUGACCCGUACACAUCGCUUCGAGAGUGCUACCGUGUCACGAAACCGGGCGGCACACUGGCCACGUCAACCUGGAUCACGGAAGGCUGGGUCCCCGACACCCGCGACGCCGUGGCGCACCUCGCCCUGCCCGGCGAGCCGCCCGUCGCGUGGCCGCAGUCGUCCAUCGAGCUGACAUCGCUCUGGGGCCCGGGGUCGUGGGAGUCGCCCUCGUUCGGGAAGUCCAUGUUCAGGGCAGCCGGUUUCGUCGACGUCGAGACCGAGGUCGUGACCAAGUGGAUAUCCUUCACUAGCGUCGAUGAGUGGUGCACCGUGUUCCAAGCCUUCAUGUACGGCAUCACGGACCGGUUCUGGACGCCAGCGCAGAGGGAGGGACUGAGGGGCGAGCUGAUGCCGGCGUUGAGGAAGUACAUGGAGGACAAGUACCAGGGGCAGCCGUUUGAGAUUGAGAGGACGGUGCUGUUGGUGAGGGGAAGGAAGCCCGAGUGA